AUGACAGAUGAAGCAAAGUCAACAUUAUCUUAACUUGUUUCAAUGUGACAUGUGUAGUUUGCAAGCAAUGACCUUUGCAGCUUAUUUCGUUUAUAUCUACGUCGAUAAAAAGGUUCAAGCAAAAUGUUCAACAUCGAUGAUAACAAAAAAAAAAGAUGAGCAAAAGCAAACUAUUCCAAAACAGUGAAAAGUGAGAGACGUCAAAGCCAUUGGAUGAUGAAAGCGUCCUUCACCUAUAAACAUAAUUCCAUCAACUAUGAAUUACAAGCUGGAGGGUUUAAGGAAGUAAAGUGUGAGAAUAUGAUAGCACUUCACAUUUUUAUCGCAACCUUGGAUCUUUCAUCUCGAAAUUCUUUUUUAAAUGAUAAGAGCUAUAAGAACCAAAACUAAAACGUGUUUAAAAACAUGAAUAAAUUCUAAACAUUAGGAACUUUACUCGAUUUUGUGAGCCCUUUAAUG